UGCAGCAAUUACACCCACUACUCCUCAUUUCUCCCACACACACACACACACAACACACACUGAAUUUCUACUAUGGGCGCCACAGAAAACGGGUCAGCCGCUCAACCUCUCAAGUUCUUGAUCUAUGGUCGAACAGGAUGGAUUGGCGGGCUGCUCGGCAAGCUCUGUGAGGCCCAGAAAAUCGACUACGUAUACGGGUCGGGCCGGCUCCAGAACCGGGCUUCACUGGAGGCCGACAUCGAAUCGGCCCAGCCGACGCAUGUUUUCAAUGCCGCAGGGGUGACGGGCCGCCCCAACGUCGAUUGGUGCGAGUCUCACAAGGUGGAGACCAUCCGCACGAAUGUUGUCGGCACGCUGACGCUUGCCGACGUAUGUAGGGAGAAGGGUCUAGUGUUGAUUAACUAUGCCACGGGGUGUAUUUUUGAGUACGAUGCUGCGCAUCCUCUGGGGUCGGGUAUCGGGUUCAAGGAAGAGGACACGCCCAACUUCAUCGGAUCCUUUUACUCCAAGACCAAAGCAAUGGUUGAGGAUUUACUAAAGAACUAUGAGAAUGUCUGCACGUUGCGAGUCAGGAUGCCCAUCUCAUCCGAUCUUUCCAAUCCGCGUAAUUUCAUCACAAAGAUAGCGAGGUAUGAAAAGGUGGUCAACAUACCCAACUCCAUGACAAUCCUAGAUGAACUUCUUCCCAUAUCCAUUGAGAUGGCUAAGAGAAAUCUCACUGGAAUUUGGAACUUCACAAAUCCGGGAGUCGUCAGCCAUAACGAGAUUUUAGAGAUGUAUCGUGAAUAUAUAGACCCAAACUUCACUUGGACAAACUUCACUCUUGAGGAGCAGGCUAAGGUGAUAAUUGCCCCAAGGAGUAACAACGAGCUCGAUGCCACCAAACUAAAGCAAGAAUUUCCUGAACUCUUGUCCAUCAAGGAUUCUCUCAUUGAGCACGUCUUCAAGCCCAACCGAAAGACCCCUGUAGCCUAAAAAUAUCAGAGGUUUGGAUUAGUUUCACCAGCUGUUACGGUUUCUUGUCUUCCUUCAUGUGGACCGUCUCAUUUUCUCUCACGCAAUUCUGUUCCAAUAUUACAUGCAUGAUUUCCUUUUUUUUUUUGUGUACUGAAUGUUGUAUUGUAUUAAUUGCAACAUUGAAUAAAUGAGAUAGAAAUGUUACAUUACUGUGUUUACAGCCCA